AUGACCUUGCCACAGAGCCCAUUGGCUGAAUCCCCAGAGCAUAUCGAUCACCAUCACCACCAUCACCACCACGCGGAGCACAUCUUCGAGGACCAUGAAAGUUCGCCAUUCGCCUUGACCAAGGAGAGCACGUUGAGAGACUACCUGUACAACAACAAGCUCUGGGUCGAGAAGAUGAACGACUACAAGCCAAAUGUCUUUGAGAUUAACGGCAAGGGCCAAAGCCCACACACGCUGUGGAUUGGCUGCUCGGACUCCAGAUACAACGAGAACGUGUUGAACGUUUCCCCAGGUGAGGUGUUCGCUUUCAAGAACAUCGCCAACAUGAUCAGCAUUGACGACUUGACAACGAAAUCCACCUUGGAGUUCUCAAUUAACGUGCUAAAGGUGAGAAAGAUCAUCGUUUGUGGCCAUUCCGACUGUGGAGGCAUCUUGAACUCCUUGGCCUACAACGACUUGGGCUCGGCCAACUCCCACUUGGCAGAGUACUUGACCAAGAUUGACCAAUUGAGAGACGAGAAAUUGGAGGAGUUGAACAAGAUCACAGACAUAAAGCUCAGAGCAAAGAGACUGGCCGAGUUUAACGUUAUGAGACAGCUCGACAUCCUUCGGAACCAAAGCGUUGUUAUCAACGCUCUCGCAAAGGGCGAGAUUGAACUGUGGGGUUUGGUCUAUAACGUUGACAGCGGCUACCUCGAGGUUGUCGAGGCCUAG